AUGGUACGAGAGACUGAGAUAUCCUCAACGGUGCUGCGAGUUGUGAAGGCGUUCCGAUCGUCACUGGAAGAAUUCGACGAACGGCGUUCCAUCGCCUCCACUCACUCAGUGCAAUCAAUGCGUGGAUGGUCUCGAUUGGCCUCAAGCCCUGACCCGGCUGGCACCCGAGCGGCACUUGCAGCACUGUCUCAUCGACAGUCUCCACAGCCUUACCCAUAUUACCACCAUCAACAACCACGAACUCCCUCGCCACAGCCGCAGAUCGUUGUCGAGAAUGGGGGAGGUGGUGGCGUUGGAAGUUCAGCGCUGCCCUCGCCGGCUGCUGGAAAUGUGAAAUUGGAAAAAGUGCCUUUAGUGCAGAAAUGGUCACCGGACACGAAUUCGUCGUACUCGCAGCGCAUCUCGAAGAGCAUGUCACUCGAUACGCCUGUUUCAGUGGCACACGUCUAG